GCCUCUGACUCGUCCUAUUGUUCAUCCUGUGCUGUGGGCACUGGAAAGAAACCAUUCUUUCCAGAAUGAAUCUCUUCUGCUUCUCUCUGGAGGGCUCUAUGGACAGCCUGUAUGAGGCCGUGCAGGAAUCCUGUGAGGCUCAGGUGUACACCAUCCCGAACAGGUCCUGCAGCCCAGCUGUUCUCUCAGAUCACGCCACCAAAUGGAGAAGCACGGGGCGUUCCAUCUCCAUGGAAAUGUCACAAACCAACUCAGACAACACUAGAAAAAAGAAACAAAGUUCACUACCAAAAUCUGUUUCUGAAAAUGAAGCUUUAGAUAAUACCGUCUGCACUAAUUCUCUCUGGCCCAUUGCCAAAAUGGAGGAAGAUUUAGUCCUUCUGAGGAACAAUCAGAAUGAAGAUAUGGUGAGAGAUAUAAGAAGGGCUGAAAGCCAGACAAUAGCAGACAGAAAACACAUUUCAAGAGACAUACAGCAAGAGAUUCCUGUGCAGCCUGAAACAGUAAUUGCAGAAAUGACACAUCUAAGAGGGACAAGGCAGAAAAAAGUAGAGAGGAAAAGCAGUAAAAGAGGAACUCCUACACAAGAGACAACAGCUCACAUCAGUGGUGCCAAAGGAAUGAUGUGUGACACUGGGCCACAGUCAGAUAAUCGAGAGAAUGCUAUGGGGUCAAGGGUCACAGUGACAGCACAAGCCAGACAUCGCUGGAGUAACCCCACUGAAACCGCCUUAAACUGGAGACCAGCCUACAACACCUGUCUACCUCCCCGCAAUGAAUAUCAAGAGCACAUCUGUGACUGCGCUACAUCCAGAAUCCAAGGUCAAGGAGAUCAAAUCAAUGUUCAACACACAAAGAAAGAUUCCUUGCCCAAAGGAGUGUUGCGUUCCAGCACCAGCGUAGAUUUCUGUGCCUCCAGUAGAUCCACCAGUUUUGGAAGAUUUGACACAUUCAGAAAUCAACACUCCCCUUCCAAACUUGAGGAAAAUGGAGCAACUGAGGCGGAGGGUGAGUCAACAGCAGAAAAUGGCGAGAAAGCGGGAAGUCUGGGAAAAAAGAUGAAAGCCAUCUCGAUGACUAUGCGUAAAAGGAUGGCCAAGAAGCAUGUCAAAUCCUUCUCUGAGGACAUGGGUGAUGACACUGAGGGAGAAAUGGAGAAAGGGUCUCCAGCAGAGAAGAGCUCAGACCACACCAGCAACUCAUUAGAAAGCCUCUACAGUGGACAGAGCUCAUCCAGCUCAGGUGGUGUUGCUAGCAAUUCAGACGUAUCCAGUAACAGAGACAGCCUGAAACUGGAGGAGGAAGUGCCCUACACGGGGCAGUUCUGCGGCCGAGCCAAAGUACAUACAGACUUUCUCCCCAGUCCAUAUGAUACAGACUCCCUCAAACUGAAGGUGGGAGACAUCAUCAACAUCAUAAGUAAACCACCUAUGGGCAUAUGGACAGGAAUGCUUAAUAAUAAAGUGGGAAAUUUCAAGUUUAUUUAUGUGGAUGUUCUGCCUGAGAAAGAAAAGGAAGAAGAAGAGGAGGCUCCAACAAUAAGACCGGUGAAAGUAUGCAAGAAGCCACGACCAAAUACACUCCUGGAGUUAUUAGAGAGACUUCAUUUAGAGGAAUAUGCAUCUUCAUUACUCAUCAAUGGCUACCAGACAGUAGAUGAUCUCAAACAUCUGAAAGAGAGGCAUUUGAUUGAGCUGAAUGUGACCGAUCCAGAGCACAGACGCAGGUUGCUUGCUGCAUCAGACUGCCUCUAUGUCACAAGCAAAGACGAAGAGGGAGAGCUGAAGGGCGAUGAGAAGGAAGACGAAGAUAAUGACUGUCCCAGAGACUCGGGUUGUUUUAUUCCUGCAGAGUGUCCAGACAGCUGAGACUUAUUUAAUCUCUCUCCUGAUAUAAUUUUAUGUUAAAGCUACAAACAGACACAGUUACAACACUGUAAAUGUUUUCUUUUGUCACAAUGUGUGUUCGUCUUUCAUUUGAAUGUACUUGUGUUUUGUAUUUACACAUUCUUUGUUCAGCUUUGUGUUGAAGUGACCUGUUUGUGUGAUUGUAGAUGUUAUGUGGACUCUCAUGGUAACCUACUUGUGUUUGAGGACAAAUGUCUAUCAUUACUGAAUUGUAUAUAAUGUUAUUAAAAAUAAAUUAUUUAUUCU